CAUAAAUGCCUCACAAAAGAGCAAAAGCCAGUGUCCGUAAAGCAAGAAAAACCGAAGUAGAUCUUCCUGUAUCAAAAGGUGAUGGUGGUGUUACUAGUCAAGAGGCACCCAAAGGAUUCACUCGUCUCUUGAAAUUCAAAGAGAUGGCUAUCAAAAGACAACAAGAGAAAAAAGAAGCAAAGCAAAAAAAAACUGAAGAUAAUUCUAAACGAGUUACUAUCCAACCCGGUGAAAAACUAAAAGACUUUGUACGAAGAGUAGAGAAUGAAUAUCAAUCAGAUGUCCUUUCAGCACAAAAAGCAUCUAAGCCAGUCAGCAACAGAAAGAAGCGUAAUCAGGAACUCAGGAAGCAAAAGAAAGUUACCAAGCGUCAAAAAGAAUUGGACAUGUAUGGUGGACGUGAUUUUGAUGAUUUGAAGGAUAAUGUCAAGUUUGGUGAAGUAGCCGAUGCACCACCUGUUUUCAACAAAAUACCAAAAGCACGCGGACGUGGCAAAGAGACUUUACAAGCAAAGAAUAACCAAGUUCUUUCAGCAACACAAAAGAAGGAUACAGGAUAUGAAUCAGAAGAAGAUGAAAAUAUGAAGGCACUAAAGGCGUCACACAAGAGAAAGUUGCAGAACAUGAGUGCUGCUGCCCGUAUCCAACUAGAGAAUGAAAGAGAUAUGGUUAUCGAAGCAUAUCGUGCUAAAAAAGCCAAGAAGAUGACAGAUGCGGGUCUUGUAUAAGCGUACAAUUUUAGAUUACCUUAAGCAGUAAAUACUGCAGGAUAUGUAAAUAUUAAAAUAAGAUGACUCUUGAUAGUAAAUCAUUUACACAUUGAUUGUCACACCAAGUAAGACAAAAUCUAGACUUAUAAAAAAAUUUUUUUUUUAUUGUUCGCAUAAAAAGAGCAGCAC